AACUACAAAAUUUAUUCAAAAAAAAUUAUGAUGUCAUGUUUCAGCAUGAAUGACAUGGGUGUCUUGUUUCAUCACGUGCCGCGCACAUGUGAUGUGGUACCAAGUUGUGAGUCCAUUGAAGUUCAAUUUAUACAUGGUAUGCCUGGUAUGCAGAUUGGAGUACCUGGUGCUUUUGUUUGUUUGUGUGGUUCAUUGGUUAACAUUGUGUUAAUGGUAAUACUACCAUCUCUCUGUUGUACCAUCUCUCUGUUGUUCUGGUGUAUGGUAAAUUGGUAAUACUAUAAUGCUUCCCUAGGAAGCAGGAAAUGGGUUCUUCAGCUUCUUAGAAUUCAAGCUCUUUUGACUUCCUUUCAUAUUUACAGAGUUACUGACUGACAGCAAACAUUUCUCUCAAUUUGUUUCAACAAUAUGAACAAUUUUGUCCUAAAAACCAUUCCACUGAAGCAGUGUGGGGAGAAACUCCUAACUCACGCAAGUGAACUUUCCACAAGCAAAACCGUACAAGAUGUGUGUGAUUUGAUAUGCGAGAACUUACCCUCAAAAUCUAAAUUAGAAAGUCAUCUAAAUCUGAUUCAUGUGGUUGGAAACACUGGCAGUGGUCGGACAACUUUCUGCCAAGCAGUCCUCAAAGAAUUGAUUAGAAAUCGUUCAGUUAAGGAAUCUGAAAUUAUUUACAUCAAAAUCAACAAGCAUGAUAAUGUUGACUGUGUCUGGAACUAUGGUAUCCAAUUGGCACAGGAACUUAGAAAUAUGGGUAGUGUUACAUCAGUUUUAUCUUUGCAAAGCAGCUCACAGCAAGAAAAAAAAGAAGCAAUGGUUAGCAUUUUCAACAGUUUUGGAGUGGUCAGUUUUGACAACUUGUCACUGUCUGAAAGCAACCACCAACUUUUUACACUAUUGAUGUCUAUAGUACACAAACUGAAAAAUAGUGUCAUACAUAUUUCCAACAAAGAGACACCACCACCAAAUCAUGCAAUCACAGUUCAAGUCCAUGGCUUUAACCAUGCAGCCAUUCGCAGCAACUUGAACUGGAAAGUGGCAAUCCAAUAUUUGGAUGCCAAUUACAAACCUAUUAAUGAAACAGUUUGCAUAAAUCCGUUGGCUGUUCAUUUCCUUUUAAAUGCAUCACAGAUCUUUGGUGUCCUUGAAUAUGAAGGGGUCAAGACUCAAACACCUGUAAGUGAUGUCUUGAACAUGAUUUGGCUCCAUUUAAGUGAACAUGAAAAAUUGGUGCUUUUUCAAUUGAGCCAGCUCCGUCGAGCACUACCACUGGAAAAGGCUGAAGAUCUUUUAAGGAUUAUUCAAAUUGGGUUGGUUGAAUAUGAAUCUCCAGGUCUUUAUGGAAAUUUGUUUGGACAAGUUACCCUAAAUGAUUCUGUCAAAGAUUUUGUGUUGGCCAGGGCAGAAAGUGAGAUGCCUCUAAAUAAAACAGAUUCAAAUUUUGAUGUAUUUGAUUGCUGGAAGAUGUUACUGUGCGAAGAGUUGAUUGGUCUGAUUGACGAAGCAAGAAAUAAUGCAUGGCCUUUUGUCCCAGAAAAAUGGCAAUAUGUUAAAAAUGUUGGUCAAGAAGAAAGUUAUAAUGUCAAAGACCUAAUAAACAUGAAAGUGAAAAAUCUUCCUCAUUUGACACAGUUUGAUGUUUUGCAGGAAACCCUCCACCAUGCAAUUUUAAAGAAAGACUAUGAAAGUAUGGCAGCAAUAUUGUUCAUCAUUGAUAGAUAUAUUUACUGGCAAGGUGGAUCUAAAAUAUUGCUGGAUAUUGUUGACUCAAUUAUGAAGGAAAAACCGGAACUGCCUAUUGCUCCACAGAUAAUUAUUAGAAAAGCUCGGGUUUUGCGAACCUCUGGUGAUUUGCAAGGUGCUGAGAAAGUUCUUGACAAAUUGUUGAAUGAAAAGCAGAAGCUUGGAACAUGGCACUACAAGGAAGAACACCACCAUGAUCUUGUUAAAGCUGUCUGUGUGCAGAUAAAAGGUGAAAUUCAGGCCACACUUGGACACUGGUAUGAUUCUGCUGUGUUGUUGCUUGAUUCAAUACGUCUCUUCAAAGAACUUCCAAAAGUUGACAAGAAAGGUCUGUCUUCGAGUCUUGGACUGUGUGCUAAAACUCUACAACAUAUGUCAGUUGAGGAAUUCAAAAUUAUUGCUCAGAGAUAUUUCCUGAAGGAAUCUCAUCCCUAUAUUCAAGCAUAUGAAUUUGCAUUUGAGGCUGCAGAGUUUGCAAUAUACACACCAAUAUUUUAUGCUCGUCAUAAACAAUCUGCAGGACAGAUGUUGCUGGAGUAUUCAAAAAUCUCUGUAGAUAAAUCCAAGCACCUGAAUGGUGCCUUGAAGGAAUUGAAAGAAAGUUUAGCAGCCCACAACGAGUAUGAUGCCUUAAAGAGUCGUGAACAGUAUCAUAUAUUCAUUAUCGCUUUAUACAAAAUUAGUUGUGUUAUGGAAGAUAUGCAGCUGAAAAAGCAUUUGGAUUUAAAAAUAACUUCAAUGGCUCUGUUCUAUCAUUACUCCUGUAACAAAACAUCAAUUGUUCAUGAUAGUAACAGUAAGGUACUUAUCAACAGAGCAUUGACAAUUCUUGAAUUGCCAUUGUUUGUGGAAGAGAUGAAUCCAAGUGAAACAACUGGAUUAUCUGCUCCUGUGGCUGUUGGUGAAAUCAAUAUUAAACCAGCACAAACUUCAUUGGUGGAUAGAUGUGCUGGAACUCUACAAGCUCUAACUUUAGGACAAUCUUUAGCCUCAACUGUGGAUCGCUCCAAGACAACAGUGUUAACAAUAGAUGACCUAACUGGCAGUGACAUGACAAAUUAUUAUGACUACCUCAAUGAGAGCAUCAAUAUUUUAAAAAGUGACAACGUUCAUGAGUGCAAGGUUUCAUCUUAUGAUGCAGUGAAGUUAAAGUGGAAAGAUCAGAACACAAUUAUAUAUAUUGGGGAACAACUCAACCUCUCUAAAGAUGAUGAAGGGGCGCAAAGGAAUCCAUAUAUGGUGGAAUAUCUUGGUCAAGAUGAGCCAAUGGGAAAAUAUGUGGGUAAAAGAUAUAAAGGACCUCUGGGGCCACAACAGUAUAAAGAGGAUGUUAGAUGCCAAAUGACUGCACGCUACUAUGUUGGUCUGUUUAACCAAGACCUUUAUCAUAAAGGUAUUGAAGUGAGCCAUAUUCAGUUCUUACCAGUGGUAAUGGUCACCUUGCUCACCCCGAAUGCAGGUGAAACAAGCCCAGUUGUUUACAAUGUGGAGCCUUACAUGCAAGGCAAAUUUAUAAAACUAACCAACAACUGGGCCUUUGUUGAGGAAGAUGUGGCUGGAAGUCAAUUGGUCCUGGCUUUCAGUCAUUUCACUUAUGAGAGAUCAAAUAAAACACUCCUCAUCACAGACCACCAGGGAUGGACAAGCGAAGAUCAUUUGUCCACAACAUUCCUUACUGAUCCACAGAUACACAGUGUCGAUAAAAAGUUGUAUGGUACAGGUAACUUAGGAAUGCGUGGAAUAAACAAAUUUUGGAAAAGUAUGCAUCCAGAAUGCAAUGAAAUUUGCAAAAAACUCGGUCUUACAAGACCCUCAUAGAUAAGUCCUUCCAUGAAUUGGUUUACAAUGGCAGUGAAAUAGUUUAUAGAUAGUUUAUUUUACGCAACACAGAAUGAAUAUUUUACCUUUAAAUAAUACUGAAUUCAAACUUGUAUACAACAUAA